AUGAUUUACGGCGUCUUCCUGCAGAAUGUGAAGAACAACACGCGCCUGUCCAGGUGGUACUGCAACUUCAGCCAGCAGGAAAAGAAACGCAUCGCGGACCUCAUCUACACGGAGAUAUCGCGGCGCGACGUGCGCUGGGUGAACUUCUACGACCUGGAAGGCCGCAAGGUUGUCUACCGCAAGUACGCCGGGAUCGUCAUCAGCAUCUACACCGACCGCGAGGACAACACGCUGGCGUACCACGAGCUCAUCCACCUCAUCGUCGAGAUCCUCGACGACUUCUACGACAACGUGCACGAGCUGGACGUCGUGUGCAACUUCAACACGCUGCACAGCCUGCUCAACGAGCUCAUACUUGCAGGCGAACUGCUCGAAACCUCGAAGCAGACUGUGCUUGACCGGAUGAAGGCCACGUAUAAGUUGAACUGA